GUCGCGGACUUGUACAUGGGACACUGGGAACGUGACUUGGAACUACUGGCAGCCAACUGUGGAGGGAGAAUUUAUUCAUUCUGCAGAUAUGCUGAUGACUACCUGGUCCUCUUCGAAGGCAGCGACACCAUCCUCAAUGCAUGGGUGGAGCUGCUCAACAACAAGGACCAGAACAUCAAAGUCACUACUGAGAUCGAAGAAAAUCGACGACUGCCCUACCUAGACAUCAUGAUCACAAGACAGGACAACAAGUUCACUACAAAUGUCUACCGGAAGGCAUGCACCACUAACCAAGUACCGGCCUUCAACUCCUAUACAGAGACGCGCUAUCUGAGAUCAGCCAUCAGAUCUGACUGCUUACGUGCCAUCCGCUACUGCUCCUCCGUCAAAGACCGCCUGCAAGAACUUGAUUUUAUACGCAAGAAAUUCCACCGACACGGCUACCCUCUCUCGUUCAUCAACCCGAUCCUAAGAAGAACAGAAAAGGACCUCCAGCUGAAGGCCAGGGCUCUGCCGUCGCCACCGAACCCCAGCCCGCUGCCUGCACCCGUCCGGCUCUCGGUUCCGUUCGCUGGUCCCUGCUUCUACCAACUGAAGCGAGAAGCCAACAAGAUCGGCAUUCAGCUCGUGUCGAAGCCGUCGCAGACCAUCGGGACCCUCCUCUGUAGCCAAGCCAAGCACCGUCUACCCAAGCAGCAGGAGAGCAAUGUCAUCUACUGCAUCGAGUGCUCCUGCCGGGUAGAAGGUGACCCGGUCGUCUACAUCGGAGAAACGGACCGAGAACUUGGAACCAGAGUCCGCGAGCACCGAGAGAGCUGGGCUGGCUCGGUCCGCUCCAGAGCCAACGCUUCAGCGUUCAGCACGCACCGGGACUGCACGCCGGCCUUCGACGACGCCAAAAUCCUGAACCGUGCCUGCCACCACCAGAUGAGACUCCUUCUCGAAUCGGCCUACAUUCGUACCGUGGGACGGCGGGAAGCCGUCCUAGUGUCACCCAAUGACGCGAAUGUGAACCGCAACUCUGGUGCCCUGCUGCAAGACAGGUGGCUUCCCAUUAUUCGCCGUUUCUGCCGUUAAAAAGUUCAUUUAUAGAAUUUAUCAUUUUGAUAUUUUAUAUCUUAGUCUAGUUUACUAUUCGUGUUUUUGUAAAGCUUUAUCUCUGCUUUAGGUACUGUUUGCACCUAAUCUAUGCAAUUUUUUACAUGUCAUUAACUGUAUUUUUACCUACCUGCCUAUAUUUUUGUAUUAGAUAUUUUACUAGUGUGUUUUAUACCCAUUUUACAGGCUUUUUUCUAGUAAUAAGUGUGCAUCCUGUUAUUAUUCACGUGUUUUCCCAGUGUUUGUAUGUUUAUUUCAAGACCAACUAGUUGCCUCAGAGACCCUCCUGUCCGACCCAUAUUUUGUUCGAUCCGCACUGUACCUUCGA